AACUAAAUUACUACAAAUAGUAUAUACAUAAUGUUAGUGUUGGAAAAUAAAGUUGCAUUAAUUACUGGCUCAUCACAGGGUAUCGGUGAGGCCGUAGCCGUACAAUUGUGGUCACUGGGAGCGUCGGUUGUCAUUACUGGUAGAGAUACAAAACGUAUAGACGAUGUGAUCGCCCGGUGCCAACCAACCGGUCUCGUCAAACAAAAAGCUAUCGGUGUUACAGCAGAUAUUUUACUGGACUCCGAUUUGGAUAGACUAGUCGCUCGAUUGACCGACGAGUUUGGCGGCCAAUUGGAUAUACUGGUCAACAAUGCAGGCGUAGCAUCGUUGGCCAGUUUUGUUGAGUCUCAUUAUCUGGAUCUAUACGAUCUGGAGUUCAAGUUUAUGCGAGCCCAUCAACGGCUGACCCGAUUGGUGAUACCGUUGUUGAUUGCCAGCAGCAGCGGCAGUACUAUUAUCAACGUGUCGGCUACCACUGAGAAAGCCCAAUACCAGGCAUUGUCUAAUAUGUUGACUAAAACCAGUUUAGAUAUGUUUACCAAAUGUUUGGCCCAGGAGUUGGCACCCAGUGGUGUACGGGUUAACUGUGUCGGUCCCGGUGUAAUAGCAACACCAUCGCUACUCAAUCACCCGGUCCUCAAACAUGUCGUCUAUUUACCUGAAUUUUUGCAAACAAUACCAUUAGGACGUCUGGCAUCGGCCGAUGAAGUGGCCAAUGCGGUAGCAUUUUUGGCCGUAGGCACGGGUGGCGGCGCCGGUAGUUUUAUGACUGGUAUAAAGUUGAACAUUACGGGCGGCCAAUAGAUU